AUUACUCUAUGUGUUGUGAGAGCAGAUUGUGAUUGUUUUUUGUCUUUUCCGCAGAUUUUGUCUACAUACCUUUGACUGCACGAAUUUAAAUCUUCUAGCUUCAAUCUAAACCGAGGGGUAGUCCAGGAUGCCGCACAUAAUGAUUUCGUACCAGUGGGACUCCCAGGAGUUGGCCAAGAAAGUGUUUGAAAAACUGGAGGGUCUGGGUUUUGACGCCUGGAUGGAUCUGGAGGAUAUGUCAGGAAAUAUAAAUGAAGCCAUGGCUGAAGCGGUUGAGAAUGCCAUGGUAGUGUGUCCCUUCCUGACUGAGAAAUAUCAGGCCUCCAAAAAUUGCAAGAAAGAACUAAACUAUAGUGAUGCCUGUGACGUAGCCUUCGUGCCCUGCAUGAUUCAACCAAACUUUAAAGCGAAGGGAUGGUUGGGACUACUUACCGCUGGAAUGCUAUGGAUAGACUUCCGAAAUCCGGAUAACUUUGAGCAAAGUGUGGAGUCAUUGGUGAAGGAAAUAACUGCGGCAUGCGGUGAUAAGGUCGCUGAAAUUGCGCUCAAAGUGACCAGCGAGGAGACGAAACAAUUGGUAACCCCUCAGAAGGGUCGAGCUUUCAUCCACAUCUCCACCAACAAGUAUUUAGCCGAGACUGGGGAAGUGAUAACCCAUUGGGGCAGUGGCAGUCGAAGUACCUUAACCGUGACAGACACACCCGAGGAUACCAGUUUUUGGGUACAAGUAAAGGAAAAGGGAAGCGAAAUCGUCUUCUUCAAAAACUAUGCCACUCAGGGUUACCUUGGGUACGAUCCUAACGGGGAUUAUAUUUACACCAAGCCGGACCAUUACGGGGCUGAGGAGUGGCUACUUAUGACGGACGAAAAUGACGACACUGGAAAAAGAGCCGUCAUCAUUUUUGCUAACUAUGGGAAGAAGUACCUUACUGUUCGGGAUGGUGAACUCACUGGAGUUGAUGACGUCUCUACUGAUUGCCGAUGGUACCUUCAUUAGGUGUCGUAAAUUAUGUUCUGUCGAAAGAACGUUGAAGCUUACGAGGGAAGCUAGAAUUGAAAAUACUCGACUGCACAGUAAAACUGAACGCUUUAUCUUUGUACAAAAACAUCUUGAAUAAAACCUUUUAAGUUUUAACCCAAAAAAGUCAAAGUUUUUUGUUUU